AUGGAAGAAACAGAGCUUUACUUUGCUUUUGGGUCAAAUCUGAGCGCAAGAAAAAUGCGGGAACGCGGCACUAGGUUCAUCUCUCGCGAAAGCGCAGUACUUCGAGGAUUUCGCGUCGUAUUUAGCAUAUGGAAAGACGAUGGCUUUGGUUAUGCUAAUAUUAUCCCAGAUAAGGAGUCGACCGUUUAUGGUGCCUUGUACAUCUGUUUAAAAGGAAGUUUAGCCAAGUUAGAUGAACACGAAGCAGGGAGGCUUCGGAGAGUGAACGUACAGGUGGAAAGAAAAAGCGGCGAAAUCGUGGAUGCGACAGCGUAUCAAACUUAUGAAAAGUAUGUUAAAGAGGAGCUAAAACCGAGCCAAAUUUAUAUCAAUGAGAUACUUGAAGGAGAGGAUCUUAUUCCUAAAGAAUAUUCUGACUACUUUAGAAACUUCUUGUGUGACAAAACUGAGAAGUAAAGACUGACGAAAUCUUUUUAAUUCAGUCAAAACUUAUAGAAAACUCAAGAGAACAUAGAGCUUUGAAGUUUAUCGAUCCGUGUAAUGGAUUGACUUAUUAUUGUAUUUAAAUUGCUACAUUUUAAUCCCGUUUAUGUUUUGAGUGGUGAGCUGCUGGGGGUUACUUGGUCAGUUAGGGAAGGACCAUUAGAAAAAUGAUGCGGGGUGUGGUGGGGGUUUUCUGGCCCGCAAGAACUUUUUUCUGGCCGAUUGCCUGUGCAAUAACGACCCACAAGAGUCAUCGCUCGGCUAUAUUACAAAGAUUUGCUCUUCUUCAAACGUAAUAAGGUAAUAUAAUAUUAAAGUAAAUCGUUUUCGUACCAUUGAAGAAAAGUCGCCAAACCUCCAGCAAUGCUCUUUUUCUCUCGGUCAUCUUUCUGAUAAAACUUACGAUCAAAACAAUGAAAAGCCUCGCCGAGAGGGUCAAAAGCGUUUUCUUUGAUCCCUGGUUUACUUAAAAUUCCUUAACAAGGCUUGCACUUCUAAUUGUCAGAAUUUCUCCUUCGUGAGUUUAUCAGCCAUAGGUGCAUGAUCUCACGGACAUGCGCAGUACGUUAUUCAGCCCUGUCAGUUUACCCGUACAAAACGGACAUCGUAGUCAUGCAAAGCAACGCACAUUACGCACAUUUAGGGCCCGAGAAGCAUUUUUCAAGUCGGUUUAGUAGCAAACGGGAUUCCCGUUUCUGUCGACAUUGGGACUGGAUUUUAAGGUUAACUAGCGUAAUGUCUCGGGCGAGAAAGCGACUAACACUUCAGGCUAAAUUAUGGGUUAGAAUUUUGCUUUGACUCUUUCUUGUUACAUGCAAUACCUGAAUGAUAAAUACUCUCUGACAUCAAAUGUCAGACGAGUUAUGCCAUAGGGAUUUACACGUUUUUUUCCGUCAAAAGUGGCUGAAAAUAAAAUUGCCGCCUACCUUCUCCACAUAAAUGUACACUAAAUGUUAUAUCUAAGAGGAAAGUAUAAAGGGAAUUUUAGCAGAAAAAUAGCCUAAAGGACGUUUCUGUAUGAGGCAGCAGAAUUCCUGUCAAGUUUAAAAUAAUCGUUUGUUCAUCAGAGUAAACUUCAAGUUAAAUGAGUCACCAGUGCGAACAAUCCAAUAAAAGCGCAGUUUCUGAUUAUAAGCUCCUACUAAUAGUCUCUAGCCAACCCUACCCUACUCUACCUUAUACUACUCCCAACCCUACCCUACCUUAUACUACUCCCACCCCUACCCUACCCUUAUACUACUCCCAACCCUACCCUACCUUAUACUACUCCCAACCCUACUAAGCACGCACCAUAUCUAGUUCAAUCACACACAUAAUAUAGGGAACGCCUUUGAAGGGUUUUUUUAUUAAUUAUUUUUGCUGAAAACGUUUUAUCCCUGGCAAGUUCAGGCGGAAGGGCAUCAAUCUCAGCUCUCUAUGUAAGUUUAGAACCCUUUUUAUAAUAUCGACAUUGACAUUGGGGACGAAAUCGUAAUGUAUAUAUUUUGGCACAUCCAUUUACUAAGACGCAAAUCUUUUUAAACGCCUCCCUAUUAUUAGACUAUGAGUAAUCCCCAUUUUUCCCCAGGUAAAGUAGAGCGAGCGAAACGCAACCGCGCGUGAAACUCACUCCACGCUCUCUACCGCUGCGUCUCGCCUUUCCUCGCGUGGUGAGAUUUUCACGUGCGCUCGCGUUUCGUUCGCUCUAGUCUCUCUGAGGAAAAAUGGGGACUUUUCGUAGUCUACCCUAUUAUUGACUCUGGACAUAAAAGAGGUCCCUCUCAAAACUUAAAAGAAAUUAACACACACCCUAGUGGUUUAAUGGAUCUUUUACGGUAUAGUUCAAUUUAAGGGUAGGAACGUCGUCCCCUUAUUAAUUGUCAAAACUUCCUUUGUGCCCCUUUGAGAUUAAUUAACUAGGAACUUCAAACGGGCAUAGAGACGGGGAACGUAUUGAUUUUCAAGGAAUAUAUGUCAAAUAUUUCACGUGAAAAAAAAUAUUCUGGAACUGAGGGAGGUUGUCCAUAUUUUAAUCAUGCAAAGAUUGUGUUGAGGGCUUGUAAAGCUCGCUAGGCUUUGAAACUAGAGGACCAAGACUCUGUUCUUUCUCUUUAAGAUAGCAGUUUAAUCUUCAACAGCUACUUACAACAACUCUACAAUUUCUACUAGCUUACACAGCGAAUUAAAUAACCAAAUUGUAGACUUAGUUUGGGUUAGCUGACCGGAAGAGUUUCUAUUGAAUAUCUUAUCGCCUAUAUUGCAACAGGUUUGCUAUAGUUAGAUAAGCCUACACAGCCGCAACCGACAAGUACCAAAGAACCAGUUAAAUGCUAACAGUAAAACUGCCCAGAAGGACUAAAUAUACAAAACAGGAACUCGAUUGUGGGUAAAACUCAAGGUCAGCGGUACUCCCCAAACAAGCCUACUUCAAAGAAACAAAACUAACCUUAACAAACACUUCAAAUGGAUAAUACUAGACAAAACUCAGGAACUAACCAUGUGGGGAAAUACACUGAAUCUCUGAGUCUCUAAGUCUACAGAAGUCUAUAAACUGUUUAUCACGAAGCUACCAAAAUCUUAAAAAUAGGAAAACUGAAAAACAAAACUAAAGGCAACUACCUCAUAACAAUUGCAACUGGUUUGUGCGCUUUCAUAUUUGCUGGGGGCUGAACAAUUUAUAACAGGUAGACAAAGAUACAGUCAAACCUCUAUUAACCGGACACCAGCGCAUUCCAAAGGUUCUAACAUUUAAUCGGUGAAGUCGCAGUAACGGAAUGAGACAAUCUGAAAACAACGAUUUCCUUUUUAGACAAACUAUCCCAAUUUAUUUCUCCAUUUUAUAGCCGACGCUUCGCUAAAAAUAUAUAAAAAUGCUAGAAAUCCGAUUUCUUUUGAUAUAAACGUAGCUAGAUCCGUGAUUUAAACGCCGGAAGCAGCGGGAGAAAAACCAAUGCUUGCUUUAACAGUAACGGCGUACCUCAUGUAUGAGUAUUUUAUGCAGGCCACCACUGCUUGGCACUAA